UCGAGGGUUGGCAUUGAGAGAUUGGAGCAGAACUACCAAGCGCACAUGUCCACCGCUGCGCGCCGACGAUUAAUGCGGGAUUUCCGCAAGCUGCAGAACGACCCGCCUUCGGGUGUGAGCGGGGCCCCGUUAGACAACAACAUCAUGGUGUGGCAAGCAGUGAUCUUCGGCCCAGACGACACCCCGUGGGAAGGCGGGACCUUCAACCUGCUUCUCGAGUUCAGCGAAGACUACCCCAACAAAGCGCCGUCCGUCAAGUUUGUCACCAAGAUGUUCCAUCCCAACAUCUAUAACGACGGUCAGAUCUGUCUGGACAUCCUGCAGAACCAGUGGAGCCCCAUCUACGACAUCUCGGCCAUCCUCACCUCGAUCCAGUCGCUCCUCUGCGACCCGAACCCAAACUCCCCUGCCAAUUCCGAAGCCGCGCGGCUCUUCCAAGAGAACCGACGAGAAUACAACCGCCGCGUGCGCGAAAUCGUCGAACAGAGCUGGGUCGCGUUGGAGUAGACAGCAGCAACGAUACUACGGCGCCAUAUUAUUCCUGUCGUGCUGCUCAUUUCAACUAGAUUCGUGCAUAGGCAUUUUGGGAAUCAGGGUAAUAUUAUCAAUUGUAUAUUUCUCCAUUGUGCCCCA